AUGAUGCAGAGAGGUGAUCGAACAGCAAGGGAACCACACCCAGACCCCUAUGCGAAACAUAUAAAUAUGUACCCACAAUCCAAUAUACAGCACACUAAAAAUGCAAAUACUCAAAACUCAAACAGUGCUCCUUAUCCAAUCGAUGAUAUGGGCCAGAGUUCCCUUCCUCCUCCUGUGACUUCAAGUUCAAAUGUUCGUCCACCGAUGCUGAUGAAGAAUACUGAUGCUUCUAUGUCUUCUUUAUCCUUCCAUUUGCAAAAUUUAUCUGUUAAUGAACAAAAGAAAGAAAGUCCAAAAUCUCUGGACCCUUAUGAUGUUCCAUUUCAGUUUAAAGAUGAGAUACAGAGUAAUCCAUCACCACAAAAGCCACAAUUAAAUGCUAAACGAAUACAACAAGAAGAGAAAAUUGGAACGUCACAGGAUGCGGUAGAAUAUCGUAGACUUUACGAAUUAAUAAUAAAGGAUACACCUACAUUCACACCAACGCUACAAAUGCAAUGGUGUGAAACAUUACUCCUGUAUUCGUUCAAGGAAGACUUUAUAGCAAAUUAUAAUAUAAAUGCUGAAAAAUUACCAAGGACUUUGAACUCUUCAGAGUCAAUAAAAAAUCAAAAAAUAUUCUUGGAACAUUCCUUUAAAGUAUUAACUAAGUUAAUUCAAUUGAAAUAUCCACAAGCCAUUUAUUUAAUGGGUACGCUGUACUCUCAUCAACCAUAUUUGCAAGGUAUUAAGAACAAAAACAUUGUAUCCAAAAAUGAUCUAAAGGCUCUACAGUAUUACAUGAAGGCGGCCAAUUUAAAUCAUUCAGAUUCAUGUUACAGGACUGCAAUAUCAUUUGAGUACCAGAAGGGAACACCACCUACAUGUGCUAAGGAGAAAUGCUUACAAAUGUCAUUACAAUAUUAUGAACUAGGAGCUCAAUUAAAUAGUCAGGCUUGUAUGUACAAAUUAGGGAUGGCAUAUCUGUAUGGUUUAGAAAAGGAACCUACGCUGUAUCCGGCCAGAGACAUCAGAUUAUCUGUAAGCUAUUUCCAAAAAUGUAAUACUGCACAAUCCAAUUAUGAAUUAGGAAAAUUUUAUGAGCAAACGACGUUGCCCAUACCGAUACAAAAUGAUUUACAAUCACAAGGGAUAAUACGAGAUAGUAAUCUAGCAUUACGAUAUUAUCACGAGUCCGCCACUAAAUUCAAUUAUCCGCUGGCACAAUGGAAGUUAGGCCAUUGUUAUGAAUUAGGUGAACUAUCCCUUCCAAUUGAUGCACAAAAAUCAAUUGCUUGGUAUCAUAAGGCAGCUACGCCAAGAGACUCUUCACAAAAGGGGAAUCCCAUGGCUAUGCUGGCUAUUUCAGGUUGGUAUUUAACUGGUGCACCAGGUGUAUUAAAGCCCAACUAUAAUGAAUCCUUUCAAUGGUUAUAUCGAUCUGAGAAGAUUUCAGAAGGGAAAUUACCAAGAGUGGAGUUUAUAUUGGGUUCAUACUAUGCCAAUGGUAUUGGUUGUGAUCGAAAUCUGAAUUUAGCCAAGAUACAUUUCCAAAUUGCUGCCAAUUUGGGGUUCUUACGAGCCAUUGAGGCUUUAAAAAGGUUUAAUUGA